AUGGGGGAGGCAGGAGUAGAUGAUUCCAACCUCGUCGAUCAAGAACUUCGUGAUAUGGAUGAAGAUCGCUUAUGGGAGAUGGUGGAGGGCCAUCGCUAUAGAAUUGUGCGUGGUAUCUCUCCCAGUCGUCUUACCCCCUACUUACGGCAGGCCAAGGUGCUGGGUCAAUUGGAUGAGGAAGAAAUAUUGCACAGCCCCCAGUUCACAAAUAGAGCCAUGAGAGUCGGCCACAUGCUGGAUCUCUUGAAAUCCCGUGGGAAAAACGGGGCUCUCGCUUUUCUGGAAAGCUUGAAACUUCACAAUCCUGAUAUUUAUGUGCUCAUUACCGGCUUGGAGCCUUCCAUAGACCACAACAAUUUUAGUGAUCUAAUUGAAAGUUCCCAGCUGACAGAAUGCUUGGCCAAAGCAGUUAGCAGCCUGCAAGAGGAGCUAAGCCAGGAGAAACGCCAGAAGGUGUCCCUGCUCCAACACUGCCGCAGACUCAAGGAAAACACUGCCCGACUGGAAGCUGAGGCUGAAAGCCUGCGGGGCAUUGAAACCGAGUGUAACCGGAUGAAGAGGGAACUCAGUGCUCACUUCCACGAGGCCCUCAAGCUUAAAGAUGAACUUUAUGGGCUCUCUUUGCGCUACAGCAGUGCCCUUCAAGAGAAGGACCUGGCUAUUACCCGCUGCCGGAGCUUGCAAGAAGAGUUCUACUUGAUGAAGCAAGAAUUACAGCGAGCCCAGGUGUCAUCAUGCCACAAAAGGGAAAGACCCUCAAGAAUAUCUGGGGAUGCACAGAUGCAGACAGAUGAGCUCUUAAAACUGAGAGAAGAGAACGAGCAUCUCAAGUCACUGUUGGAGCUGGAAACCUUCAGUAUGGUACAGAAAGAUAUUCUAGAGCAGAACCUUGAUGAUGCUCUGGAAGGCAAACAGGAAUUGCUAAAUCGACUUCACUCACUGAGAGAGCAAGCAGCACUUGCUGAGAAUCAGCGAAAACAGUGUUGGGAAGAAAAAGAAAAUACUUUAAUUGAAUGUCAAAAGAUGAAGGUAGACUGUGAGAUCUACAAGGAGCAAAUCAGCGCCCUUCAGGCUCAAAUAGCUGAUCUACAGAAAGAAAGAGAUCAGGCCUACAAUGCCAGGGACACUGCCCAGUUGGAAAUUUCCCAAAGCCUCCUGGAGAAAGAUUCACUUCGUCGUAAAGUGUUUGAGCUCACAAAUGAAAUUUGUGAACUCAGGAAAAAAGCCAGCAUGGGAGAUUUAGUGUUUACUGUAAGUUCCAAGGACCAUUGUCCAAAGAGAAAGCAGCCCCUAGUACGAAUGCAUGCCAUCUAUCCUCGGGAAGACAGUCAGGACAGCUUGAUGAGCACAUCAGAGUCUUGGUCAAGUCAUGAACAAAGGGACAGUUUCCGAUCAUGCAGCCCAAUCCCGCCUUGUAAACUUUCUCUACAGAGAAGAGCCAUGCAAGACAACUCACUUUCUUGGAGCAGUUCUCAGGAGUUCCUGGAUGAGGAGUUUUCUCUCACCUCAGCUGAAGAGAAAGGGAGGGAUUCCUCUUUUGAAUACGACAUGGGGAGAGAUGAUAGCACUUCCCUCUGGCUCCACGUAGACCCUUGCAUCUCUGAGAGUGUACCCAUGCGCCGCCGACUUGCCCAGCGCUUUCCAAGCCGUAUCACAACUAUUGCCUUCCAAGCUGAUGCCUUGUUGGAGCAGAUCAGCAUCACUGGAGGCAACCAGACUGGCAUCUUCAUUCAUCGAGUCACUCCUGGAUCUAUUGCUGAUGAGAUGUCUUUGUCACCAGGCCAGCAAAUUGUGUUGGUGGAUUAUGGAGUCAUGGAACCAGGUUUCAAAGCUGUCUUAGAAGAUUCAACUCUUGAGGAGGCUCUUUGGGUCCUGGAAAAAGUGAAUGGAUUUUGCUGCUUGUCUGUGAAGCACAACAUGGAAGGUUACAAGAAAUUACUGACUGACCUGAACUCAAAGCUGGUGACAUCUGGUGACUCCUUCUAUAUCCGAUCCAACCUAUGCCUUGAGAAACAGGGUCCUGGGGAACUCUCAGUAGAUUGCCAUAAUAUUCUGCAUGUCACUGACACUGUGUAUGAAGGCCAAUCUCAGUGGAGUGCUUGCCAGGUGAAUCCUUAUACCAUGAAAGACAUGGAUGCCGGUACCAUCCCCAACUACUUCCAGGCACAACAGCAACUCAUUGCCCUCAUUCAAGAAUUGGCCCAAAACAUGAUUUCCCGGAAGAAUUCCAGUUCGCAACGCAAAUUGGUCCGUAUUGUGAGCACAGGCAACAGGAUCAAUCCACUUUGGUCAGCUAUGGAAUGUAGUUUUUCAGAGUCAAACAAGCCAAAAGGCAACUAUUGUGUUUCUAUGAAUCCCAGGAAUUGUGUCAGUCUGAUGCCAUACACUUUUGUCAGGCAUUACAGACCUGGGCAGCCACGUCCAGUACUUGUGGUGCCAGCACUUUUGAGGAAGAUUCUGGCUGACAAGCUAUGCCUUUCCAGGGAAUUCGAAAAAUGUCCAUCAGGUAUACAAGGGUCAGACACUCAGAACACAGAAACCUUCCAUGAAAACAAAGAGUUGAAUGGCAGCUCUUGUGUUCCUCGAUGGGAUCUGGAGCAGUUAAUGCAAAAGAAUGUACAUGCCUGGCUGGAUCUGGGCCUGGAGAGUGUGCAAGAACUUCUGACAAUGGACAUUUAUCCCAUCAUUAUUCUCAUCACCAUCGGUGAGAAGAAUGCCAAGAAAAUCAAGAAAGCUCUUCAGCGCCUUGGAGCGACCGAGGAGCAACUUUUGGAGAGUGGCCGGAAAGACGAGACCCAGCUGGAGACAGUGUCCUGCCUUUAUCGUAUCAUUGCUCCUGAGGCCUGGGGUGACCUCGACGGUCUCAACAGCUGUGUCCGUGUGGCUGUCGCUGAUGAGCAGAAGAAGGUAGUAUGGGUGGAACAAGUGCCGCACCGACCUCUUUAGACCAAUACGUGGGACUUAAGACAAUUGUUUCAUCUGAGCCUAGGAAGAACUGAAAGAUGCUACUGUUUGGGAGGAAACAGAACAUAUUCCAAGCUGCAUACUUAAACUGUUUAAAGAAUUGCCAUUUAUUUUUUCAUGUUCUCCAUCCUGCCUCAUUCAACCUCUUUCAAACCAAUUUUAUCUUCCCUCACCAUCCCUUUGAAUUCCUGGCAACACAUCAAUCAUAUGUUGGCUAAACGUGCAGAGUACUAGAAGCUGUUUUAGGUAGGAUGUGUAUGCAGAGGUUUGCUAUAAUGAAUUUUUAAACUCUUGGGUGGAGUUGGUACUCAAAUCAGAAAUGGGUGGAGACUGGACUCAACCAUGUGGAGCACACAGUUCCUUAUGAGAGCAAGCGUGCAGUAUAUUGAAUGUUGAGCAUGAAAAUAAUGGAUGCAUUUCAUUAUGUAAGAAUUUCUCACAGGAUAGAAGAAUACCAUUGCAUUGUUUUUAAGAAGUUAUCAAACCCAUUAACUACCGGUAGCAAACUGAGAAUGUUUUUUGGCAAGUUAACAUUCCCUGCAUUGCAUUAGUCUAUUAAAAUCUGAAAUUGUAGUAAAAGAACUUUGACCAUGCUUCUGCUACAUUGAAACUCUAAAAAUUUAAUUAGGUUUGCCUUAUUCCUUGACUUAUCAUACAGAGAUUUGCAGUAGUUAGCAGAAUUAGUAUUAGAUCAGGGUCCAAUUCUCAUUUGACAUUUAGUUCACUAGUUUAUUUUGUGACUGUCACUUAGGCUAACAGGGCUUUGUAAGAAUAACAUGGAAAUAGGAAAGAGAUUUAUGUUGCCUUAUCAUCCUGAAGGAUAUAAGUGAUAUAAGAUGAAUUAAAGAAUGGACAAGUA